AACGGUAAACUGCCACCGAUAGACUGCUCAGUUUAACGGCCACCGACUCGGUUUAAAUCCGGCUUAAAUUUCGCACCGAACAUAAAAUAUUGCCAUUGCGUACUAAACUGUUUGUGAGUAGUGUUUGUGUUUGAAUGGGAUGAUAUAACGAUAACGAUAAUCUGUGGCAACGAUCAUAUCUGAAGCAAAUAAGUGGAGUACCAUUCAUCUGAUGAUUCAUCUAGGCCCAGUCCUAUCACAAAUCUAACAUUUACAGAGACGGGAUAAAGAAGAGAAUUAAAUUUCAGCAGAGAGCACCCACCUGACAAUUACCACCUGCACGCACACGCACACGCGCCCCCACCGAAUCAUGACGAGCAUCUCGACGCUGCUGCACAGGAGCCACAGCAACGGGUACACGAGCAGCGGGAGCAGCAAUCACAGCCACAGCAGCAGCCUCUCACCGCAGUUGCCCGGCCUGGGCCUGGGCAUGGGCAUGGGAAUGGGUAUGGGAGUCGGCCUGGGAGCCAGCACAGCGCCAUCACCAACGCCGCCAACUGACCUCGCCAUGCCCCCAGCAGCUCCAGCUCCCGCUCCAGCAGCCAAGCUGCAGCAUCAUCAGCAACAUCAUCAUCAUGGCCACUCCAGCUCCCACUCCACUUCCCUUUCCACUUCCAAUUCCCAUUCGAAUUCAAAUUCUGGAUCGCAUCACAGCAGUCAUGACCACAUUAAGCGACCAAUGAACGCUUUCAUGGUCUGGUCGCGGGGACAGCGUCGCAAAAUGGCCCAGGACAAUCCCAAAAUGCACAAUUCCGAAAUAUCCAAGCGCCUCGGUGCCGAGUGGAAAUUGCUCACCGAAGGACAGAAGCGUCCAUUCAUCGACGAGGCAAAACGAUUGCGCGCCCUGCACAUGAAAGAACAUCCCGACUACAAGUAUCGGCCCCGUCGCAAGCCCAAGACGCUCAACAAGUCGCCAGUGCCGGGCGGUGCUGGUGGUGGGGCGGCUUCUGGUGGUUCCGGUAAUAACAGCAAUGGCGGAGCUCCUGGAGGCGGCUCUGGAGGAUCUUCGUCGUCCGGGCCCAAGGACAUGCAGCCACAGCUAUCGCCGCUGGGCCAGACGCUGCCCCAUCUGCAUGGACACCACCUGCAUCACCAUCACCUCACGCACUCCCACCACACGCACCACCAGCACCCCCAUCCGCACCACGUCCAGCUGGCGGCCGCCGCAGCAGCCAACACCCUGAGCGCCAAGUACGGCUUCGGCUCCCCCCUAGAGCUCUCCCUGCCCCGCCUGCCCAACGCCUUCCCCGGCCUCGCCCACUACCCGCUGGACCCGACACUGGCCCUCGAUCUGCAGGCCCGCCUCCAGGCCAUGUACGCCGGCAGCAUCUACCAUCCGUGGCGCUACCUGCCCCUGAUCAGCCCCGAGACUCCUCCCUCCCCGCCCAGCAGCAGCGGCACUGGCAUCUCGUCCUACGGCUGCGUGAAGUCGGCCAAAUCCUCGCCAGUCGCGGGAGUGGUUCCCCCCAACGUGGCCACCACCCCGCCGAACAUCAUUUGACCGACUCCAUUGCGCUUCGGCGCAGGCACCGCCGCCGCUGAGCACGCGGUCUAAACCUGGAAAAGAUCAUUCUGAUGGCAGAGUAAAGUAGCAGCACAUUCCCCCACGGUCGCUCACCCUGCUGGCCCCCACCAAGGCGACGGAGUAUUGUUAGAUCCUAGUGCUAGUUGAAUCCCUGUGAGUUUUGUCUCUCGUUUUACGAUCCUGUUUCCGAUCUGUUCCGUUACGGGUCACAUUUGAUUCCUCAAAUUCGAUAUUUAAUAAUUCGAAUUGAAUAAAAUUUAAUUUUUAAUUUAAUUUAUUUGUUAUUAUGGAAUAUUCGAUUGUCGUGAAUUGUUUCCCCUACUGUACUUAUUCUGCAAAGUUUUCUUUAUCGAAAUUCAACCAAACAAGGUCCUACUCUUUAAUGAAACAGUUCUACUUCUGCAGCACUUCAGUUCUUUGUUGUUUGAGAAUUUAAUGUGGUUUUAAUUGCUUCCAAGAUACGAGCAGGCAGCCACCCUUUUCUAGCCAGACCAGUCCAGAUCGAAUUAAUCUAUUUGGAGCUCAUAAAAUUAAUCUAUAAUACACCCAUUGGUAGAACUG